AUGCUAACCCAAGAGCAGCUCCGGAAAUUCCACAGCACCGAAUGCAUCAUCGCAUUCGUGCUAAACCUGGUGCUCAUCUCGCUGAUCAUCAGGAAGACGUCGACCGUAAUUGGGAAAUAUUCGUACUUACUACUCGGAUUCUCUGUCUUUAAUUUGCUGUAUGUUACCGUGGAUUUUCUGAUCGUACCGACAACGAUCGUAUCCGGUCGUACGUAUGUAUUGGCAGUUACAUCACCAAUUUUCGCAUCAAAAUUACUAAACUACAUCUUGCUACUCGUCUAUUGUUGCUUAUUCUGCCAGAUACUUAUCCUACUCAUGUUCCAAUUUGUCUUCCGGUAUACGGUAGCCAACGAGCAGUCCUUCUUCAAAAAGCUUUCCAAGAAGGAAAUCCUGUUUGUCUGCUUUUUCGUCUAUGCGGUAUUUAGCGGCGUCUGGACAAUCAACAGUCACCUGACCCUCGGCGCCGUCCAGCCUGACGUCUAUCUCGACAUGUCACGCGUGUAUUUUGAGAACUUUGGCCGGCCGCUGAACGAGACCAGCUGCAUCGGGCAGAGCUUCUCGUCAGCCACGAACAGCUCGCUGUGGAUUGCGUAUUUCGGGACGCUGAUGCUGAUCGUAAUCUUAUCGAUUACCUGGAGCGUCAUCAUCUACUCUGGCUAUCAAGUCUUCAAGCUUCUCGGGAUCAAGGAGGCCGUCAGCCAGAAGACACGCGCACUGCAGAAAGAGUUAUUCAAGGCCCUGGUUGUUCAGCUCCUCGUCCCUUUGUUUUGCAAUUACCUCCCAUUAACCUGCAUUAAUGGCUCGGCCGUAUUUGGAAUUCCGAUGAACAUUGAGCCAAUGUGCAUCCUGGUCAUGGAAACCAUCAUUCGCUUCAUCUGCUGCCGUAAAGCCCCCGACACGAAGGUGUACACCAGCAGCGGAGGAAAUGCCUUUACAAGGCGGCGGACCUCAAGCAACAAAGUAUCCGAAGGCAAUCAGGGCACUACCACUCGGACUUCCGUGGCCGAUGCUCAGAUCGAGAUCAGCAUCUCGAAGAUA